UUACGUUGCUUGUUACAUUAGCCAGUUAUGGAAGUCCCCAAUUUGCAAGGGCACCCUUAUUCUCAGAAGAGGAAGAAAAAGAGAUUUUGUGUGUGUGAGUGAAAAAAUAAGUACUGUAGUAAUCACUACCACAGUUGAGAGUCUGGAAUUCUAAUUACUUUUGUCACUGAUUUUUGUGUGACCAUAAGACAUUUUCUCUUUGAACCCAUUUUUUUGGACCCAUUAUUAUCACUAUCCCUUUCUUUAGGAUAGAAAUAAUAUUAAUUUUUACUCUUGUUGUUAGGAUUACAUUAUAGUUUUACAAGUAAAGUUGCAUCAUGUAGAAUUUCAUAGGGACAUGCAAAUUGUGGUGAUAGAAUUUUUUUAGGAAAAUACUCUGUUUUGGUAAAUACUUUGCAGCUUUAUAGAUAAAACAGAAUUAACAACCUGUGUAAUGAAUUAGCAAGUGAAGAAUAGUGCUUUGGAUGCAGUAAGACUAAUAAGAAAUUCUGUUUUAUUGUUAAUUCUUCUUAAUCAUGCACCCUGCAGACUUUAAUAUUCCAAGUUUUCUUGAUUCUUUUAAAGCUCCCAAUUCUGCCAUCUGAGCUUCUCUGAUAACCCUUAUUUCUUCCAACCCACUUAGCACUGAACUUGAGCUUAGAGAUAAGAUCCUCUGCCUUUUGGAUACUCUUGCCUCUGUCAACCCAUUCCCCCCCAAAGCAUCUUUUCCCUGUUAAGGUUAACUUCUUUGUCUUCCAUCCUUUUUUUUUUAAUUAAAAAAUUUUUGAGAUAAUUGUAGAAUCACAUGCAGCUUUACGAAAGAACACAGAGCCCAUGAACCCUUUGCCCAGUUUCUCCCAAUGGAAACAUCUUACAAACCAUAGUACAGUAUCAACCAGGAAAUUGACCUUGAUACAGUCAAAAUAUAGAACAUUUUCACACCACAAGGAUUUUCAUGUUUCCCUUCUUAUCCACAUCUACUUCCUUCCCUUCUGCUUUCAGUCCCUCUUACCCCCGGCAACGACUGACCUGGACUUCAUUUCUGUGCUUUUUCAUUUCAGGAUAUUAUGUGAAUAGAAUGUACAGUAUGUAACCUUUUGGGAUUGGCUUUUUUUACUGAGCACAAUACUCUGGAGAGUCAUCCAAGUCGUCAUCCUUCUGCUGAGGAAUUGAGAAAGCUAAUGAUGUUGCAUGGAGGCCAGUACCAUGUGUAUUAUUCCAGAUCCAAAACAACACACAUUAUUGCCACAAAUCUUCCUGCUGCCAAAAUUAAAGAAUUAAAGGGGGAAAAAGUAAUUCGGCCAGAAUGGAUUGUGGAAAGCAUCAAAGCUGGACGACUCCUGUCCUACAUUCCCUAUCAGCUGUACAGCAAGCAGUCUACUGUGCAGAAAGGUCUCAGCUUCAAUCCUGUAUGCAAACCUGAGGACCCGGCACCUGGUCCAAGCAGUAGAGCCAGACAGCUCAACCACAGGGUAAAUCACAUAAUUAAGAAGCUUGAGACAGAAAAAGACAUCAGAGCCAAUGGAAUGAACAGCUGGACUGAAGAAGAUGCCAGUAGUGAUUUUAGUUUUGCGGAGCUGGAGCAGAUCUAUCCAGGAAGGAAACAGAACGGGAUUCCGCAUCACAGAGGCAGCGCUGCAGUUCUUAAUGGCCACACUCAUAGCUCUAAUGGUGCCUUAAAGAUGCAGGAUUGCUGGUUGCCUGUGGGCCACAGUGUUGCCAGCAGGCUUUCCCCGGACUCUGCCCAGAAAGAGGAGGCCGAGAACAGCAGCGCCGACUUCAGAGACUGCAGUGUGCAGCCAUCGCAGCAGAGCACCAGGAACACAGAUGCUUUUCGGAAUCCACACAGAACUAAUUCCUCAUUAUCAUCUUUGCACACUAACACUAAAAUAAACGGUGCUCACCACUCCACUGUUCAGGGGCCUUCAAGCACAAAAAGCACUUCAGUACCUACUCUUAGCAAGGCAGCACCUUCAGUGCCACCCAGACCCUCAGACUGCAGUUUUAUUUCAGACUUCUAUUCUCGUUCAAGACUGCAUCACAUAUCAAUGUGGAAGUGUGAACUGACUGAGUUUGUCAAUACCCUACAAAGACAAAGUAGUGGUAUCUUCCCAGGAAGGGAAAAGUUAAAAAAAAUGAAAACAGGCAGGUCUGCACUUGUUGUAACUGACACAGGAAAUAUGUCAGUGUUGAGUUCACCCAGACAUCAGAGCUGUAUAAUGCAUGUUGAUAUGGAUUGCUUCUUUGUAUCAGUGGGUAUACGAAAUAGACCAGAUCUCAAAGGAAAACCAGUGGCUGUUACAAGUAACAGAGGCACAGGAAGGGCACCUCUACGUCCUGGAGCUAACCCCCAGUUGGAGUGGCAGUAUUACCAGAAUAAAAUCCUGAACGGCAAAGCAGCAGAUAUUCCAGAUUCAUCGCUGUGGGAGAAUCAAGAUUCUGCACAAAUGAAUGGAAUUGAUUCUGUUUUGUCAAAGGCUGAAAUUGCAUCUUGUAGUUACGAAGCCAGACAAGUUGGUAUUAAGAAUGGAAUGUUCUUUGGGUACGCUAAACAACUUUGUCCUAAUCUUCAAGCUGUUCCGUACGAUUUUCAUGCAUAUAAAGAAGUUGCACGCACAAUGUAUGAGACAUUGGCAAGCUACACGCACAAGAUCGAGGCCGUCAGCUGUGAUGAGGCGCUGGUGGACAUCACUGAGAUCCUCGCGGAGACCAGGCUCACUCCCGAUGAAUUUGCAAACGCAGUGCGCACGGAGAUCAAAGACCAGACUAACUGUGCUGCCUCUGUUGGGAUUGGUUCUAAUAUUCUCCUGGCCAGAAUGGCAACUAGGAAAGCAAAACCGGAUGGCCAGUACCACUUAAAACCGGAAGAGGUUGAUGAUUUUAUCAGAGGUCAGCUCGUUACUAAUCUGCCAGGAGUUGGACGGUCGAUGGAGUCCAAACUGGCGUCGUUGGGAAUUAAGACUUGUGGAGACCUGCAGCACAUGACCAUGGCAAGGCUGCAGAGGGAGUUUGGUCCCAAGACAGGGCAGAUGCUUUACAGGUUCUGCCGUGGUUUGGAUGACAGACCAGUUCGAACCGAAAAGGAAAGAAAAUCUGUUUCGGCUGAGAUCAACUAUGGAAUACGGUUUACCCAGCCCAAAGAAGCAGAAGCUUUCCUUCUGAGUCUUUCAGAAGAAAUUCAAAGACGACUUGAAGCUGCUGGCAUGAAGGGUAAACGCCUGACACUCAAAAUACUUGUGCGGAAGUCGGGGGCCCCUGUAGAACCUGCAAAAUUUGGAGGCCAUGGAAUUUGUGAUAACAUCGCCAGAACCGUGACUCUUGACCAGGCCACAGACAGUGCAAAAGUAAUUGGAAAGGCUACACUGAGCAUGUUUCACACACUGAAACUGAAUAUAUCGGAUAUGAGAGGGGUUGGGAUUCAAGUGAACCAGCUGGUCCCAGCUAAUCCAAACCCUUCCGCAUGUCCCAGUCACGCGUCCGUUCAGCCAGGCCACUUUCCCGGUGGCUCCCAUUCUGUCCUGGACCUCUUCCAAGUUCAGAAAGGAAAGAAAUCCACAGAAGAAGAGCACAAGGAAGUGUUUCUGGCCACAAUGGAUGUGGAAAUAUCGUCUGCCUCUAGAACUUGUACUUUGUUGCCAUCUUUCUCCACGCACCGGACCCCAGCACUCAGUCCUGUUGCCAGCAAAGCCGAGCCUUCGGGGAAAUGGAAUGGUCUGCGUCCUUCCAGCUUAAAAUCAAGGCUGAACCUGAGCAUAGAGGUUCCGUCACCGUCCCAGCUUGAUCCAUCAGUUUUAGAAGCACUUCCCCCUGAUCUCCGGGAACAAGUAGAGCAAGUUUGUAUCGUUCAGCAAGGGGAGCCACUCGGUGACAGAAAGAACGAACCAGUAAAUGGCUGCAAUACAGGAAUUUUGCCACAGCCAGUUGGGACAGUUUUGUUACAAAUACCAGAACCUCAGGAAUCUAUCAGCGAUGCGGGAAUUAAUGUGAUAGCCCUUCCAGCAUUUUCACAGGUGGACCCUGAGGUGUUUGCCGCCCUUCCAGCUGAGCUUCAAAGGGAGCUGAAAGCAGCGUAUGAUCAAAGACAGAGGCAGGGAGAGAGCAGCGCGCACCAGCUGCCGGCCGGCGCAGCCGUGCCAAAGAAUCCAUUACUUCAGCUAAAACCAGCAGCAGUAAAAGAAUUGAAACGAAACAAGAGGAAAAAUCCCAUCAAUUCCCCCAAAAAGGUUCAGAGCCCUUUGAAAAACAAGUUGCUUAAUAGUCCUGCUAAAGUUGCGCCAGGGGCCGGUGGGAGUCCCCAGAAGUUAAUCGAUGGGUUCCUGAAACAUGAAGGUCCUGCUCCCGAGAAACCGCUGGGAGAACUCUCUGCUUCCACUUCAGGUGCACAGCCCGACACGUCUGGCUGUGUCAGACCCCCGGCACCCAACCUCGCUGGAGCCGUGGAAUUCAGUGAUGUGAAGACACUGCUCAGAGAGUGGAUAACCACCAUCUCAGAUCCAAUGGAAGAAGACAUUCUGCAAGUUGUGAAAUACUGCACGGACCUAAUAGAGGAGAAAGAUUUGGAAAAACUGGACCUCGUUAUAAAAUACAUGAAAAGGCUGACGCAGCAGUCGGUGGAAUCAGUUUGGAAUAUGGCAUUUGACUUUAUUCUUGACAAUGUUCAGGUGGUUUUACAACAGACUUAUGGGAGCACACUGAAAGUCACAUAAGUAUGAGCAGGGAGCCUGGUGCUCUCGCUGCUGUGCCAUAAGUGCUUGUGAGGUAUCUACAAAGUGCAUGGUAGUCAUUUCAGAUUUCUUUUUGAGCAAGUGUUUUGUACAUUUCUUUUCAAUAAGUGCCAAAUUUGUCAGUAUUGCAUGUAAAUAAGUGUUAAUUCUUUUACUGUAGUAUAGAUUCUAUUUACAAGAUGUUUGUUUAUAAAGUUUUAUGGAUUUUUACAGUGAAGUGUUUACAGUUGUUUAAUAAAGAACUGUAUGUAUAUUUUGUA